CUUUUACCAAGGACCCGCCAACAUGGGCCGCGUUCGCACCAAAACCGUGAAGAAGGCGGCCCGGGUCAUCAUAGAGAAGUACUACACGCGCCUGGGCAACGACUUCCACACGAACAAGCGCGUGUGCGAGGAGAUCGCCAUUAUCCCCAGCAAGAAGCUCCGCAACAAGAUAGCAGGCUAUGUCACCCAUCUGAUGAAGCGGAUUCAGAGAGGCCCUGUAAGAGGUAUCUCCAUCAAGCUGCAGGAGGAGGAGAGAGAAAGGAGAGACAAUUACGUUCCUGAGGUCUCAGCCCUGGAUCAGGAGAUAAUUGAAGUAGAUCCUGACACUAAGGAAAUGCUGAAGCUUUUGGACUUCGGCAGUCUGUCCAACCUGCAGGUCACUCAGCCUACAGUUGGGAUGAAUUUCAAAACGCCUCGGGGACCUGUUUGAAUUUUUUCUGCAGUGCUAUAUUAUUUUCAAUAAAUCUGGGACAACAGCAAAAAAAAAAAAAAAAAAAAAAAAAAAAAAAAAAAAAAAA